CGAAGAUGCGUAGUUUCCAGGAAGGAGAACAUGUCAUGUGAUCAAAACAAAAAGACCAUUCUUCCGGCGAAGACAACUAGUGAUUUUGAAAGGUGUUUGGCGCGUGUUAGAUGGCUAAUCAGCAGCGGUGGUUGCCACUGUUUUCCAUCUGUCUUCUGCAGUAACAUAGAGAGAUGGCUGUAUGGGAACACUGACCCUUCUGUUAUAUACAGGUGUUUGGCGUGUGUUAGAUGGCUAAUCAGCAGCGGUGGUUGCCACUGUUUUCUGUCUGUCUUCUGCGGUAACAUAGAGAGAUGGCUGUAUGGGAACACUGACCCUUCUGUUAUAUACAGGUGUUUGGUGCGUGUUAGAUGGCUAAUCAGCAGCGGUGGUUGCCACUGUUUUCCAUCUGUCUUCUGCAGUAACAUAGAGAGAUGGCUGUAUGGGAACACUGACCCUUCUGUUAUAUACAGGUGUUUGGCGCGUGUUAGAUGGCUAAUCAGCAGCGGUGGUUGCCACUGUUUUCCAUCUGUCUUCUGCAGUAACAUAGAGAGAUGGCUGUAUGGGAACACUGACCCUAUAAAGGCCUGUUAGCAGGGGCAGAGACGGUGUGGAGCGUGUUGGGGGGAAUGGAGGAGUUUCCAGUGAGGACGGUGGAAGGGCUGUGUCUAGGCACCAGCUUGGCUGUAUCUGCUUUCUUCUACUACGUCUACAGGAAAAAGAGGAAAACGGUGGACAAGCUCAAUGAUGCACCACAGUUGACUCUGGAUGGGAAACUGGCAGACCUUUUGAACGUGACACCGGGAAAGUGUCUGCAGUAUGUUGUCAUUGAAGGGGCAGUGCAGCCUCUGGGGGAGCCUUUGAGGAGUCAGUUCCAGGAAGGCACUGUGGGGGUGGUGCAGAAACUCAUGCUGAGGGAACACAAGCUGGUGUGGAAUAGCCUGUCUCGCACCUGGACGGACAGUGAGCGUGUGCUGCACCAGAGGAUGAACGCGGUGCCCUUCAGCCUGGUCGGGCCGAACCAGGCCAACGUGAGGGUGCUGUGUCCCCUGGAGGCCUCGGGUCUAGAGAUGGAGAUCAUCCAUGAGAAGUUCCACCAGGCCUCCUAUGGUUUUACCGACAUCAUCGGGCAGUACCUCAGUGGAGAGAAGCCCAAAGGCCAGCUGGAGACUGAGGAGAUGCUCAAGGUUGGCGCUACUCUGACAGGUGUAGGCGAGCUCAUCCUGGACACGGACCGGGUGCUGAAGCUCCGUCCGCCCACUGAUGGCUCGGAGUACUUCCUCACCACGGCAGACUUUGAGUCCCUGCGGCUGGAGCAGGAGGGCCAAGCGGUGGUCUGGCAGGUCCUGGCCUCGGUGUUCGCCCUGGCCGGGUCCACCAUCCUCUUCUGGUUGGGCCACCGCUACUACCGCAGCCUGAGGGUCCGCUGGGACCAAGAACGGCUGAGGAGGGAGUUUGAGAGGUUGGGUGCUGGUGGGACGGGGGAAGGGUCUACGGCUGGGGAUACACAAGAGGGGUCUGGGGAGCAGGCACCCUUGGAAAACGCCUGUGUGAUCUGCCUGACCCAGCCGCGUAGCUGUGUGCUGCUGGAGUGUGGGCACGUGUGCUGCUGCUACAGCUGCUACCAGGCCUUGCCCCAGCCCACCUGCCCCAUAUGCCGGCAGGCCAUCAAGAGGGUGGUGCCCCUCUACCAGGCCUGAUGCCCAGCCUGGGAGUAGAACAGAUGUGUGUUCUCAUGGUUGGUCUAUGUAUGUAUCCCCUGGGGUGUUGUUACCUGUACUCCUAGAAAGACAAGGUCAAGGUGAUAGAAUGGAGACAUUUUAUAAUUGACAUUUUGGCUGACUCUCCACAUAGAGGCAGAAGGAACGAACUCUGCUGUGAUGAUAACAGUCACCCUGAAAAUACAACUUUGGAGAGCCAAGGAGAGGCCUAAGCUAGCAAGACAGAGCAGGACAUGCAGACACUAGUCCUUAAACCCCUCACAAUGUCAGAGAGAGACCAACUCUUGAUAGACCAGGCAAACCAUCACUGUACUUAUUACACUGUAAUAAUCACCUGAAUGCUUGUUGGCAUUCUCAACACAAAUAGGCUAGGUGCCGCUACUGUAUUAACAAAAUGUGAAACUUUGAGAUUUGACACACUUAAAUACAUAUGUAUUAUAAAGCUAACAGCUGUUGAGUUUGGUUUUGAAUAGUACAUACUUGUUUAUAUACUGAACAAAAAUAUAAAUACACUGAUUUUUACUGAGUCACAGUUCAUAUGGAAAUCAGUCAAUUGAAGUGAAUUUAUUAGGCCCUAAUCUAUGGAUUUCACAUGACUGAGCAGGGGUGCAGCCAUGGGUGGGCCUGGACAUAUGCACUUGGUUGCCAGCCCUUCAGAAUUACCCCCCCCCCCCCCCCACACACACACACACACACACACACACACACACACACACACAAUGGCUUUAUUACAGACAUAUUCCUCAGCACACCCCCAGACGAUCCCCCAAGUGAAGAAGCUGGGUUUGGAGCUCCUGGGCACGUGGUCUGUAGUUGAGGCCGGUUGGAAAUGCUCUCAAAUUCUCAAAAAGUACGUUGGAGGUGGCUUAUGGUAGAAAGAUGAACAUUCAAUUCUCGGGUAACACCUCUGGUGGGCAUUCCUGAAGUCAGAAUGCCAAUUGCACGCCCUACCUCAACUUGAAACAUCUGUUGUGUGACAACUGCAUAUUUUAGUGGCCUUUUUAUUGUGCCCGGCACAAGGUGCAUCUGUGUAAUCAUCAUGCUGCUUCUCUUAACAGGGAUGUAAAGCAAAUUUGUGCAUUUGAGAGAGAAAUAAGCUUUUUGUGCAUAUGGAACAUUUCUCUGAGCUUUUAUUUCAGCUCAUGCAACAUGGGAGAAACACUUAACAUGUUAAGUUUAUAUUUUUGUUCAGUAUAGAUACUGGGAAUGCAGUUCUCUCAUAAUUAAAGUGUGCAUAUGGAUAGAGAGGUGUUUACGUUUGUAGUACUAUCGCUUGCUUUGUGCCUUAUUUUCACUCCUGGUGUAAGGAGGGGGGUUGGUCGUUCCACCAAUUUGAUUUUUGUUGUAAAGAUACCUUUCAAAGUGCUUUGACAGGGUGAAAGCUUGUUUCCAACAGGGAGUGGGGCAAUUGAAUGUGAGCUUGAACAUUUCUGAAAUUGUUAACAUUUCUAGCCUAUCUAUGGGUAACAGGGUUGGUGUUUUAUGCUCGACCCACUCUGUUUUCCAGCACAAAAUACCAGAAAAGGUGCAAAGAAAACAAAGAGUAGUACCAGCUCACCUGGUAUUUACACUAUGAAAUUACUACUAAAUGUUCCAUAUUGAAAGAUGUAUUGAAUUCUCCAUUUGGUCUAAAAUAUUAAAAGGGCAAUUAAUUUAUCAUAA